GAAUGCCAGGCAGCACAUUGGCCACAGCACAAGCUUUCCUGCAAAUCCGAGAAUUUCAUUCUGAAAAUCUGUCUUUGUCCCACCGAAUUGACCGACCCCCCCAUUCACCGGACACUCUCUUGUCCCGCCAAUGCCACUUUCGCCUCUCUCCACACCGCUAUCCAGACCGCCUUCGAAUGGGCCAACAACCACUGCUACGACUUCGUGGUUAAAGAC